UUCACCACGCCGGCCUCUGCUCGCCUCCGCAGUCCCCAAAUCCCACCACCUCCCCUCCCUUUCUCCGCAGAGCCGAGCUAGGGUUUGGCGGAACGAGGACAAUGGCGACGAUCGGAGGCUGCGGCGGCGACGACUCGGCCGCCGGCGAGUGGGCCACUGUCACCCGCUCCGGGCGCUCCAGCCCGGCGGGGCGCUACCCCAACACCACCACCCCCGUCCCCGCCCCGGCCGCUCCCCGCCGCCACGCGCCGACGCCUGCUGAGCUCGUCAAGGCCUUCGCCGGGCUCGAGAUCAAGGCCGACGAGGCGGGCCGCUACCCCAACACCACCACUCCCACCCCCGCCCGGGCCGCUCCCCGCCGCCACGCGCCGACGGCUGCUGAGGUCGUCAAGGCCAUCGCCGGGCUCGAGAUCAAGGCCGAGGAGGCGGGCCGCGGCAGGCCGGACAAGGACGACAUCCACCUGGAGGUGCGCGGCGAGGGCGCGCCCCUGCAGGCGGACGGCUUCGAGCAGGCCGGGCUCGUCGAGGCCGUGCUCCGCAACGUCGCGCGCUGCGGCUACGACAGCCCCACCGAAGUGCAGCGCGACUCCAUGCCCAUCGUGCUGCACGGGAGUGACCCCAUGGCGUGCGCCCAGACCGGGUCGGCGAUGCCGGCCGCCUUCUGCCUCCCGAUGGCGAGCGGACUCGUGGCGGCGGCGGGAGGGGGCCGCGGCGACGUCUACCACGACUACAGCCGCGCCGCCAGGCCGCGCGCCCCCCUUCUAGCGCCCACCCCAGAGCUCGCCCCGCAGAUUAUCGUCAAGAACCUCACUGGCAAGACCAUCACCCUGGAGGUCGAGUUUUCUGACUCAACCCCCGCCCCCGCCCCGGCUGCUCCCCGCCGCCAUGCGCCGACGGCUGCUGAGGUCAUCAAGGCCUUCGCCGGGCUCGAGAUCAAGGCCGAGGAGGCGGGCCGCGGCAGGCCGGACAAGGACCACAUCCACGUGGAGGUGCGCGGCGAGGGCGCGCCGGACGGCUUCGAGCAGGCCGGGCUCGUCGACGCCGUGCUCCGCAACGUCGCGCGCUGCGGCUACGACAGCCUCACCCAAGUGCGGCGCGACUCCAUGCCCAUCGUGCUGCACGGGAGGGACCCCAUGGCGUGCGCCCAGACCGGGUCGGCGAUGCCGGCCGCCUUCUGCCUCCCGAUGGCGAGCGGACUCGUGGCGGCGGCGGGAGGGGGCUGCGGCGACGUCUACCACGACUACAGCCGCGCCGCCAGGUCGCGCGCCCCCCUUCUAGCGCCCACCCCAGAGCUCGCCCCGCAGAUUAUCGUCAAGACCCUCACUGGCAAGACCAUCACCUUGGAGGUCGAGUUUUCUGAAUCAAUUGGCAACAUAAAGGCCAAGAUCCAUGACAAGGAAGGAAUCAAUCCGGACCAGCAACACCUCAUUUUUGCUGGCAAGCAGCUUGAGGAUGGGUAUACCCUGGCAUACUACAAUAUCCAGAUGGAGUCCACUGUUUACCUGGUGCUCUCUCUCAGUGGUGGCCAGACUGAAGAUGAUGAGGUCCUCUUCUACAAAGCUUUCUGCCCCCUGUGGAAAGCAAGAUCUGCACGAAAAAUCAUAUGUGAAUUAUGUUACAAGAUGAGGAACAAACCUUCUGAAGUCCCUGCAAAGAAAGACGCGGUUAUUUUUCAUAUUAAUAAAGUCCACAAGAACACACCACUGAACUUCGCCUGUGAUAGAUGUCACCUUCGCUUUAUGUCAAAAGGAGAGAGAGACAAGCACCAUCUAUUUGUGCACGAAAAGGACGAUGGUUGGUGGGAUUAAAUGUCAGCGACCACGGAUGGUGAAAUGGUUCCAUUGCCAUGAUGAAGGAUUUUUGGAUGAAGUGCUUAGCCAUCAUUUUCUUCUGAUCUGAUAUUCAGAUUUGUUCCAUUUAACUUCUUGUGGUGUGAUAUUGUGUUCUGGAUAUUACUUAACUCUAUGGCUUCAAUGACGUAAAAAUGACCUGCUUAUUCUGAUGUUCUGCAAUUAUUGUUACUUCAUUCCAUCAUCUCCAUCUGUCAAACACUUAGAUGUGGUUUGUAAUCGAACAUAGUUUGUGUUGAAAAUGGUACUAUGUCCUCCA